UGGAAGGUUCUAGCCCGGUAAACAAACCCUGAUGUAGUCUGUGAUCUUAACUUUUUAACUUUUGGUAAUUUUUUGUGACAAAUUUGUCCUGUUAUGUAAUUGUAAACGACCUGCCCGAAAUGGAAGAUAGCGGGCAAGUGAUCCCUUAUCCUGAAAACAGACCGUCGGAGAAGAUCCAGAAGAAUGCGACAACGCCGAACGGUAGCUACAUAGCAGAGACUGUUUUGUCGAACGGAAUCGAUUCUAAAGGUGAAGGCGACACGAAGGCAAAGAAGAAAGUCAACAUAUGCACUGAACGCUCCCUCUCCGAAGAGACCAGGAGGUGUUCUGAAGAUUCCGAGUCGUGCGGCAAUCCUGCGAGUAUCGCAAGCAACGAUAAAUGCCUCACCAUGACCGGGACGAUCAAACGGGGCAAAAAAGCCGGACAGAGCCUCGAUGUCAGGCUCAACAUAUCUAGGGAAGAACUUGAAAUCAUGGAAGCUAACAUCGCCGCCAAAGAAGUCGAGAAGCGCCGACCCUGCACACUCUAUAGCGGACCGCACGUAACUCUCUUUACGGUUCUAUGUUUCCCCGUUGCAUUUAUCAUGUCGUCUCUUUACUCGUUCUACAUGGGGACCAUCACGUGGUACAGUAUCUUCACAUACGUGACAGAGGAAAAAAACAUAGUUUAUAAAUUAUUCAUCUCACCUUUCCUCAUCCUUUUGUAUCCUUUUAUAAUUGUCGCGUUCACUUUAGGUCUAGGCACAUACGCCGCUUUCGUGCAGGUCUCGUGGUCUUUUUCAAGCUGGCAGAAGGAGAUACUUGACUGGGAGAAGGGUUUUUACGGUUGGCUUUGUUCUGUUAUGAAACUAGAAGAGUGCUCGCCUUACGAGGUUGUCGUGCUCACUGACAUUAAAGUCACAUCGGACCAAGACAAAUGCAACUCGCAAGACAGCAUUCUAACUUAAAAGGCACAAGUUUCACUUUUCAAAAAAAAAAAGUUGAGCUUGUCAAUUUUUUUAACGCACCUGCAUCUGAAUUUUUCAUUCUGAAAUAUUCAGAACAACUUUCAUUUUCAGAAUCAUGUUUACACACGCAAAAUCAUUUUAUAUAUGAAGUUCCUAAUAGCUAGUAAUGCCAGUAAUUUAAAAUAAUUUGCUGGUAUUUUUUAAAAACUUUUAAGCCUUCAAAGAUGCUUUUAUCAAACAAAAUCAUGGUUUAUGUACGUUUUAUAAAAUUUUAUAUUAUUUAGGUAAUUUUAUGAAAAUUUACCUACCUUGUCUAUUAUUCUGGAUGAGCUUUUUUAUAAAUCACUUUUUUUUUAAUAUUACGCAGAAAACAGUCAUUAUUAAGUAUUUUAAAAUCAUGAUUUUGCGUGUCUCUCAUAGAAAAAUCAAAUGUAACCCUUUCAAUAUAAAAGGGUUGUCUAAUGGAUGAUCUAAAUACCUUAAUACUUUUUUCAAAUUCAUAUCAGUUUCGGUGCGUAUGUAAACAGCACUAAAAAAAGUUCAAAUAAAAAACAUGUGCUGCAGUACAAGCUAAAUGUUGGAUCACUGCCACGAUGCUAGCAAUGUAUAGCUUUUAAAUGUGUUCAUUGUCAAAAAGAAAAGAAAAACAAAAUUUAUAAUCUCAUAGUUAUAGCAGGUAACUUGUUAAAAAAAAUCCAAAGCUUUUUGUAUUCAUUGUCGCGGAAAGGAAACCACCGAUCAUUUACAAUGUCUUGUGCGAUGCGGGAUUUUAAAAGAGGAAGACUGUCAAUAUAACUGCUAUCUUCCAGAUUUUUAUGACCAAAAAUGUUAAAUUUAAGAUAAUAGUCUGUUCAACAAAGGAUGUCUUUAGUUUAUAUUAUUUUAUUUUUAUUUUUUACAAUUUUUUGUAUGUGAAAGUCAUAAUGAAAAGACUUUUCUGGUUGACCAAAGGCUGAUUAAAUGUAAGGCUUUAUGUUUUUCUCUAAAAUAUCAUUUUAUAAUUUUAAACACUUUUCAAAGAAAUAUUUAUAAAACGGAAUCAAAAGAUCUCAAAAACUAGUUUUAAAAACUACUGUAAAAUAUUGUAUUUUAAACUUUGUUUGAACUGGUAUAACAAUCAUUCCAUUUCGAUAAUUAAUGACUCCAGUUUAACCAUAUCAUUUAUUUUUUUUUUUUUUUUUUUUUUUUUUUUUUUUUUUUUAUUAUAAGGAGAGUAUUUUUCAGGGGCAAAAACCCACCAAACAGUAUGUGUCUGUGUGCGUUUGUCUUUUGACACAAUUAGUGAAACAUUCCAAUGUGCUACGCUUGGAGUAAGUCGAUAAAUUUUCGAGAAGUAUACAUAUCUCGUACUUAGACAGUGUAAAGUAUUUGUUUUACGCUUUUAUGUGUUGUAACGAUACAUAGUUUUAAAUAAACAAUAAAACGUUGGAAUAGUAA